AAUUUGGGGGUGAGCUGAGCGGUUUCAGGUGGCAAUUGUACAGAAAUCCCAGACCUCAAGCCAGUUGGGUUCUAUGCCAUGAGCUGGAGGAGGCGAUUUACUAAUCGAUAAGGCUUUAAUCUUCUCUCACAAACAAAAGGAACAAUUAAAAUGGUAGAGAGAUUGAAAGAUAUGGAGCUGAGUCACUCAAGUCAGAGAAGUCGGAGCCGAUCCCCAUGGCUGCCUGGCCCACUCUAAUCAAGUGUCCACCAAAUGGGGGAGAAGAAUUGAUGAAGGCAAAGAAGAAUGUGAUGGCGACCAAAGCCAGUCUGGAAUCCAAGAAGAGUUGCAUCUGCUCUCCAACAAGCCACGCCGGUUCCUUCAGGUGCCACCUUCAUCGAGCUACUGCAGCGACUCAGAACUCAUCCUGCUGCUCAACGGCAAACUCUAGCAAUAAGUUAAAGGGUGCGGGUGGUCAGCCUGUUCUCUCCAGGUUUGGUAGGGCUUCUUCUCUGAAACUGAAACCCGUCCCUGAAAGCAGUCUGCCAGGCCAAUAACAAUCCCUCUGCUCUCUGGUCAGCAUCAUUCCAGGUUGUAAAUGGCGUAAAUUUUACACCGUCUUUUAGUUUCCCGUUGCUUUUUAUUCAAAGAGUGGGGACAAUUGUAGUCAGAAAACUAGUCUAACUCCUUUAAGUGUCACGAAUUUCCCUGAAUUGAACAUCAAGAGGGGCGAAAACUGUGAGCGUUUCAGGACAACAGUUUAAGCCCAUUGAGUCCUUUGCACAUAACAGAAAAAAGGUACAUGGUGUUGUCGGAGUCGAUAGGCGCACCUCUUCCAGAACUAUCAAAUCAUUGAGUCCCUGUGGGGAACACCUAAUAAAUGACUGCUGGCUCUUACAAAUUUGACUUGUGCGGCACGAGAGUACGGUUGCUGUUUGGCUUUGAGGAAAAAGUUACUUGCAGGAAGGACAUUGAUUUGGAGCUCAUUUUGGUUUGCUUCCAUAAUAAAAAGUGUGAUCGGGAUUCGGGCAAUCAAUGCGUGAAUUAACUAAAACUCCUGUUUUGCUA